GCUACCUAGCAGUUAUCAGACAGUGAGGGUACGUUAGGAAUCUGAUGACGCUUAGUUUCAUUUUAGUGGCAUUAUGGCACAGUUAUGAUGAUCUGUUCUUUGAAAAGAGGUAAAGUGUCAACAAAGGUAUCUUUUGAUGAACAUAAUGAAUUUUUUAUGGUGUUUUGGGAAUCGGCCUUCCGCAUGCAAUGAUACGCUAUCAACAACUUUGAAGAGCCUAGCUUGAAAUUUUACACAAAACUAUGUUUAAUUUAUGAACAUCUGACGGACCUAAUUUAAAGGUGAGCAAAGAAUUUUCCAGUGGUUAGGACAGAGUUUAAUUUACUGGCACCAUGGCAACAAGACAAGCUAUAUGGCUCGCAUCGUAAGCAAUUAAUUCAAAACACAAAAGGAUUGGUACCUACUGAAAAAAACAAUCGAGAUAUCUCCAGGAAAAAAAAAAGCCAAUUAAAAUAAGCAAAACACGUACGAUACAUUGCGACAGAGACAUGAAAAGGAGCUUAACUUAAUUUGAAAUAUUUUACGAAGCUUAUGUCAAAGUACAUGUUGGUUUCUCACGGCCGACAAACAUUUUAAAUAAGUUUCGGCUCUUUUCAGAGGCCAUACGUUUUAUGUUAUUUUCACGCUCCGAAUCAUGAAAUCUAGCACAAGAGAUCUCUUAAUUCGCAGUGGUUUGGUCGGUUUGUUUUUGUUAACGGGAGCUGGAAUUUUCCACGUCCUCGAAGGUCCGACAAAACAUGAACACGGAACAGAUGAAGAGAUCGACAAGGCUACUUUGGAAAAAUUGCGCAUGAACUUGAGAGUAAACAUGACAAAGGAAGAAUUCGACAACUUGGUGAGCAAGCUUCACGAGUAUUACCAAGACCACCAUGAAAGAUCUUCAAGUUAUGAAUGGACGUUUUAUGCAUCGCUUUAUUUUUCGGCGAGUGUUGUUACCACAAUCGGUUACGGCCACAUGGCGCCCUCUACAUUUGCUGGGCGGUUAUUCUGUAUUUUCUACGCCUUGUUCGGCAUACCGUUGUGUGUGUUAGCACUGAAGUCGAUAGGUGAGCGAAUCAACGAGUUAUUAGAGACUGGAUUCAUCAUGAUCAGCUCCAAACGCCAGCUCAGAGGAGACACAAGUACCAAGGUCAAGGUGAUGCUGAGCACCUCGGGGUUGGUUUUAGUCCUUCUCCUACUCGGUGGACUGCUGUAUUUAUCAGAGGACUGGAGCUACUUCGAUGGAGUUUACUACUGUUUUAUAGCGUUAAGUACUAUCGGUUUUGGUGACAUGGUACCCAGGAAAGGACGCGAACCUUCAUCCGGGAUCCAAACGCUUGAACUUGUCAUCAGGGCCCUAUACAUUGUAGUUGGCCUCGCCCUGGUGUCGAGUCUUCUUUCUGCUGUAGUGUCUGCAGCUGAAGUGUUUGACAGAUGGAAUAUCUGCAGACGGACAAAAUGUCUCUGCUGCCAUCGACGAUUGAGCGCAGGAUUUUCUGAGGGUCGGGGUCGAAGCUCUGAUGGUUUGUACUCAACCUCUCGCAGCCUGGAUAACAUAGUGUUCCCUUCAGUGAUCCCUUACAGGCGAUUCGCUUCAGAUGAGGCAACACCGCUGACCAAUGAUCCUCGCUGGCUCUACUAAGCAAAUGAAUUCUGAGUUAAAAUGAAAUAAAAAUAAAGAAUAUUAUAAUGUAUUGCCUUGAUAAGAUGUAAAUAGCUAUGAGUAAUUAUGCUAGGUAAUGUAAAAGGAGCCUAUAAAAGUACAUUGUCCAACCAAGAAUAGCCUGCCUUCGCCUAAGAUGUGAUGAUGAUGAUGUCGUUCCACUACUUAUUGAAAAAACACAACCAUGGUUAAGUACAUUUUUGCCACUCAUGAUAAGUAUAUUUCAUGUAAAUAUUCGUAACUGCUAAAAACCCGCUAAAGCAGCUGAAGGCCCGUGUUCUACUGGAAAGUAUUUUCCCGAAAUACAGUAGUGACCAGGCUGAGACUGAACACAUUCCUGAAGAUCAACUGAACUUUUUUGUGCGAAAUUUCAAACUGAUCCUAUUAUUACAUUUUAACAAUAAUGUGAUUUAUCAUAACUUUCAUGGGAUCUGUACAGUGCCGCGCCCAAAUUAUAGCUAAGCCAAAAAUCAUAUAGAAUCAUAAAAACGCCAUUAUAGUUUUCGCAACACUUUUAUUCUGAUGUGCUUAAUAUCAGUCAAGUUUUUCUUUAGUAGACGGUCGAUGAGAAUAAAGAUGAAGCAAUUUAUUAGAGGCAUCUGUGUCUUGAUAAGCCACCAAGCAAAUAACUUGCAUGUAUGAAAUGUAUAUGUAGGAAGCUUCUCUGCCAGUAUGCUUUCUAGUUAUCAAGCUUCUGCCAGUACUGAACUCAAUAUUUACAGUAAGACAAUUCAUGGACGGAAGUGUUUUUAAUGUCUUUCAUGAAAGCACAGAACAAAGAGGAACAGCUUUCGCGUGUCUAUGGAGGUAAUAUGUCAAACACGAAAGACAACGUUUCAUCGAGACAUCCUAACACCGAGAAGAGAGUUGGAAAUACGACACGCAGCGGA